AUGUCUUCCAAUAUCCGAAUUCCUUCUUCAUUUCCCCAUUCUCCACUAGAUGCAAAUGGAUCCAACUAUUUGUCAUGGGUCACAUCUAUGGACCUCUGGUUAUCCUUAUUCAACCUCUGGCGCCUCCUCAUUGGUGAUGAAAAGGAACCGCAACUGCCAAUCAAACUCUCUACUGAGUCCGAUGCAAUUUUUGCACAACAACUUGCCACACAUAUAGCAAGUGUAGAUGUCAUGUCCUUUUGUGAACGACAGAGUAUUACCAAAGGAUUGCUCAGGAUGGCUGUGCACUCCAGCAACUUAAUCCAUUUCACAGGUGUUUCAGAUCCUGCACUUGUUUGGAAGGUGCUUGAGAAUAAGUACCAGGCCACCAUCAGUAUCCAUUUCACACGUCUUAUGGGUCAUGUUUUCGACCUCCCAAAAGCUUCAGACAGUGAUUCACUCACGCUUUCAAUCAAGGAAGUUACAGAUAUUAAGGCCCAGUUCAAAGCUAUUGAGUCAACAGAAUGGAAGUGCAACGAGUACACUCUUGUACAAGCAUUGCUCUGUGCAUUACCAGACUUCUAUGCCCCACUCUCGCAACUUAUUCUUCAUAGUGCUGAUGCAAAUGCUGGAAAACUAACGCUCGAAGGCGUCAUAAAUCAGAUCUGA